ACACACACAGAGAGAGACUCCCAGUCGCAGGAUCUACAGUUCAGUCGCUUUUCGGUGGCUUACAACUGAAGUUUAAUCAAACUUAUUAUUAAACUUCAAUUGUUUGCUGUGAUUGUCGUUAUCACACUCACUGAGCUGAACAACACGAAAUGAGAGCGAACAUGGUGCCCUUCCUGGUUUUGCUGUUUCUCUGUCAACGGAUUUCUGCCACCGAAGAUCUGAAAAUUAUUACAGCUGAGUCUGGACAAAAGAAGGUCACUCUGACAUGUCGAGCUCCAAACAACAACAAGAACCUGAUAGGUGUGGAGUGGAAUAGAGCUGACCUGAAAGAAGAAUAUGUCCUCUUGUAUCGGGAUGAGCAGUUUGUCCCAGAUUACCAGCAUCCAUCUUUUAAGAACCGUGUGGAUCUGAAUGACACACAGAUGAAGGAUGGAGACGUGUCUUUGAUUCUGAAGGAUGUGAUUACUGAUGAUGAUGGAAUAUACGUGUGUCGUGUCCUCAUCCCAGGAACAAAGCGCGGAAAGAGAGCUGCUGAAACUGUCAGGAGCAUCAGACUGAUUGUUGAUCCUCCAGGUCAGACAGGAGGAGACACAGAGGAUGGAGGGAAGGAGGAUGGAGGGAAGGAGGAUGGAUCUGUUGGACUAAUAGUUGGUCUGUCAGUUGCUGCUGUCCUCAUUGUUGCCACUGUUGCUGGUUUUUUGAUCUACAGAAAAAAAAAGAGUCAGAGUCCAUACCAGCUUCCAGCUGAGCUGGAGUCUAUUUGAAAUGUUUCAAAGCUUUUUUCCAUCUUAACUGUGAGUCCUCUGUUGCUGUUCCAAAGCUUCAGUGGAGACAUGGAAAUAUGAUCUAGCUCCCGAAUCUGGGCCCUGCACUCUGAAGAGAGUUCAAUUAACACAAGGGUACCUUUUCGUCAUCUGCAUUAAUUUACGCUAACAUUGGCAAUGAGGAUGACCAGGUUCACAUGAAAGGAGUAGCAUGGGCGAUAUCUCACCAUCGCAUUGAUCAUUGUAGCCGAUUGGCUGAUUUCAAUAUUUUUUUGUUUUGUUUUCUAAACUAUUAGAAAAAUAUGAAGAGGUAACACAUAAAACAGAAAAGUAGCACAGCUGCUGCAAACAAGACAGUAGAAGGAGUUGAAAAGCAGUGCAUUUCAUUAGAUUUCAUAUUUAAUAUUAAAAGCACUUUGUAUGUGUAAGCUUUAACAGUAUUGGUCAGUAAGACUGACCCUUAAAGGCAGGAACAAAAGACAGGAAAAUGGUGAGUGUGUGUGAGCAAGUGGGAUUCAAAUGUAGUUUUAGUCUACUAGCAGGCAUUGGAAAGCCCAGAAGUACAAAAUGUUUGCAGCCAGAAGGUUAGAAUAAUUUUUUAUGAUUACAUUUAAAAAAAAAAAAAAAAAAAAAAAGCUGCAUCGAAGAAUCUGUAUAUAUUGCUGAUGCUCAUUGCGGAAACACAGACUUGUGAAACCUCCACUUGCACAGGUCAGAGGGAUCCUCCAGGAAUGAUGAUGGUAAUUUCUGAAGACUUAUUAAUCAGAAGCCAGUGAUUUCAUCCCUGCUGAUCUCCAAUCUGGAUCUUAACCUGAUCCGCAGGUAUGAAAUCACUGCUUUCUGAGCAAUCAAUUCUCUAUGAAAUAACAUCACCGUUCCUGGAGGACCCCUCUAAUUUCUGCACUGGGACUAGGAGAAAUUUAUCUAGUGUUUGUUUUUCUGAUGAGCAUCAGUAAUAAAUACACAUUUUUAGAUGCAGCUAUUCAUUUUUUCCCCCCAGAUUAAUGAUGUACCAGUAAGACGUGAACCACUUUUUUAGUAUAGAAAAAAACAGGUUUAAUCAUAAAGUUACCUGGAUAGCACAAAAUUCUGCUUCUGCUAUGUAGAAUAAAGCCGUUAUAAAGUGCGCUUCAUGAAAUUUUACCAACUACCUAAUCGUCCUCAUCUGAAAACAAACAGCAGAGGUGAUAAAAAAUGAAAAUGAAUUGGAUUUUGGAUCCAUGGAUCUAAGCAUUUCCAUACUAUUGGUGCAAUAAAGUGUGUGUUAGGCAAAAAAUGAAAUGAAAAAUAAAUAAAUAUAAUAAAAACUUAUACAAAUUAGAUAUAAAUUAAAAAAAUAAACAGUAAAAUAUAUCAACAUAAUCAUGCAUCAGCCUGAACGAUGCAAUUCAUCACUUUGUGUGAGGAGCUGAAAAUCCACUAGAGAUCCACGGAUGUGAUGUUUGAAUCAGAGAGUUGUCUGAUAAUGACCCAGAAACCUGGAUCUGUGACACUGAGUCAAUUAGAAUACAAUAGCCCUUUGUUGUCAUUGUACAAUUAAAUUGUAAGUGUUCCACGCCAACUGGGAAUAAAAUAUAAAUGCUAAUAGGAAGGAAUAAAUUACAAACAAGAGAAAUAUACAUAAAACAAUUAUUUUCUUUUAAAUAUAAAUGCCAUGUUUGAAGCUAAAGCAGGUUUCUCAGCUAAACAUACUAUACAACGUUCUGACUCUUUGACAUUCUGGACAUUAUUUAGCAGUGGCUCACAGUUAUUCAUAACUUUCACUGGGUUAUCCCCCUCUGUCUCAAAAGUUUACACAUACCACCUAUGCUUAUGAAGAAAACCAAUUAAAAACCGUAAAAAUAAUAAAUAUUAUUUAAAAAGUAACAUGUAUUGAAAUUAAAACUAAAAUAAAUUAAAAACAAUAACCCAAAGUACUGAGAUCCCUUUGAGAUAUGGGAUAGGCUCCACGUGCUCUUUCUUUCUUUUUUUUAUGGUUGUUCAUAUAUUUCAUGUUCAUUGGCUGUCUUUGUAGAUGUUAUCUUGGAUAAUGGAGAAGAUUAGCAAAAGUGCAUCCUGAUUUUUAAAAAAAAUCCAAUAUCCAUCUACCUUCUUCCACUUGUCCAAGUCAGUGAUGCUCAGGGGUUGGAGUUUUUUUUUUAGGUACUAUGCUUGUACCUAUAUUUUGGUUCAUUGGCUGUCUCUGUAGAUGUUAUCAUAGUAAUGGAGGAGAUUAGCAAUCUUUUUUUUCUUUUCUUUUUUAAAAUCAGUCUUCUUCCAACCCUCCCUCAGGGUUGUGAGGGAAGGGGCGUGGAGCCUAUCCCAGCUGUCAUAGGGCAGGAGGCUCAAAUGCACAUUGUUUCAGUAACAGUGCACCACUGUGCUGGUUGAUUAAAGAAAAUAACAUUGGCUUAAACCAAAUAAGGAUGAAGCAAGGACUUUUGGCAGACAAUGAAAGAUUUGUGAACAUCUGCUACAGCCUGAAAAUUUAAUGUAGCUUGUUCCAGAUUUGUUUAAAAUAUAAAUUUCCCCCAUUAAGACUGAAUAGGAUUAAUGUAAAAUGAAUAAAGUAUCCUGCUUAUUUUUGACUUCUAUCCUGCAAAAGAAAACCACAAUAAAUAAAUAAAUAAAUAAAUAAUAAUAUAA